AUGCCGCCGGAUUCGAAUUCUCGACGCGGUGUUGCCACCACACUCCACUCAUCGCCUCAACCACUGGAUAUUGGGCUAUUUCCUGCCAUCUACACCUACUAUGCCCAAGGUUACGACCAGCGAAUGGCGACUGGUCAGGGGUUAAUUCAUAUUACGAAACGGAACUUUGGCUACUCUGUCGAGAUGUGCGGGAUCACAUUUACCACCACAAAUAUCGAGGCUAGUUGGCGAGCCACUAGGCUCCAUCCGCUCAAUCCAGAUAAAGUAUUGUCCCUGAUCAGCAGCCAGAGUGAUAUUUCCCCCCCCGGGGCAAACUGCAUCAGGAGAUACGUAAAGGCUCCAGUCUCUCUUCGCGCUAUUCGGCAAUCGCUCGCCAGUUCCGCAAGGAAGGGCCAAUAUAUCCAUAAGAUCCCUGAUAUCUUUCCUGUAGUCAGCUACAUCUGCAAUAGCUGGACUAUUAACAUGAUAUAA